AUGCCUAUUGUGCAUCGAUGGGACACCCUGCGCUCUCUAUGUGAGGGAAGCGGUGAGGAACCUGCUACUGAACCGGCCACUCAACUGAUGGAUUUCCUCCGUCCGAUCCUUGCGCCCCAGGUUGACUCCCUCGCCAACACCAGGAAGACGGGCAACGUCAGGUUUGAGGAUCUCUGGCAGAUAUUUGCCCCUCAUGAGUUUGUCGUGACUAGCUUCUACGAUGUUGAAGCUGUCUGCCGUGUGGCCAAGUAUGAGCUCACUGAACCACCUUUGGAUCCUCCGUACUGGACAGUCACUCUGGAGUAUCUCGACUGGAAUGGCCACCGAUGUGGUUAUGCCACAACAAAGGUGGUCAUCUCCCACUUCGCUGGUAGCCAACGGGUCGUGUCUCUUCCUGUAUACCCCCUGUCAUUCCACAGUGAUGCCACUGGCAUGCGCAAGCGAAUCCUAGAGAGGGGGCGGGUGUUUGAGUCGUUGCGUGGCUAUCACUUCCGAGCAUGCUCAGGGACGAAGGUCCUUCUUGAGAGGCCUGAAGCCCGACCGGUUGGUGGGGGGGUCAUAAUUGAUGCUUUCGCCUACUAUCUGACCAACGACAUCGUUAAGCCUGGUCUCACACCGCUGGGUCCUGAUACAUCCAAGAAGGACGCCCCAGCGGAAGGCAAUGCAGAGAUGACUGCAAAAACAUCAGACUUCUCCCUCAAACGUCCCGAUAAUCUUGAAGCGCUCAGCGAUUAUCAGUGCCUUCUUGCAAACCCUUGGGUGAAAGGACUUGACCUGAAGACCAAGGAGUGGGCUCAGUUCUUUGUGGAUGAUCUGUCUCCUAUCGCAUGGAACGACGAGGCGUUUACCAACCUUGUUCUUCCAGGAAGUGUGAAGCAGCUUGCGUGGGAGUUUGUGGAGAACAAGGCACUCGCCAACAACUUUGAUGACUUCAUCCAGGACAAGGGCCGUGGUCUCAUCAUCCUCAUGUUCGGCCCCCCUGGUGUGGGCAAGACCUACACAGCGGAAGCAGUUGCCGAGCAAGCACAUGUACCACUCUACGCGAUGAGUGCUGGAGAGCUCGGAACGGUGCCGUCGGACGUCGAGACCGCUCUAAGUCGAGCCCUCACACUGUGUGGUCUGUGGAACGCGAUGCUUCUUCUGGAUGAAGCCGAUGUCUUUCUCAGUGCUCGCACUGAUAGUGAUCUGACAAGAAACGAGUUGGUUGCAGUCUUUCUGACCAAGCUUGAGUACUACACGGGUAUUUGCUUCCUGACGACUAAUCGGAUCACAAGCAUAGACCCGGCCUUCGAGUCUCGAGUCCAUCUCUUCCUACCAUACAAGGAUCUGACCGUGGCGGCCCGUAGGAAGGUGUGGGAAAACUUUAUCAACCGCACCGGUUGUGAUCGGAGCGACAUCUCUAGUGAGAAUUUGGAUGAGCUUUCCAAGAUCUCUCUCAACGGACGUGAGAUCAAGAAUCUCAUCAAGAGCGCGCACCUGCUGAGUUUGAAGAACGGGGGUGUUUGA